AUGCCCCCCACCCCAGUCACCAACUUCUAUCCUCAUCCCUACGCAUCUGCCCGAUUCUGUGCCAUCGCUCUGGUCGAAGGAUUAUUUAGGGCCUCUGUUUAUCUAUUCAUAUCUAUCUAUCUAUCUAUCUAUUCAUCUAUAUCACAGCCUGAUUAUCUAUCUAUCUAUCUAUCUAUCUAUCUAUUAUCUAUCUAUCACAGUCUGGUUAUAUCUAUCUAUCUAUCUAUCUAUCUAUCUAUUAUAUCUAUAUCUAUCUAUCUAUCUAUCUAUCUAUAUCUAUCUAUAUCUAUCUAUCUAUCUAUAUCUAUCUAUCUAUCAUCACAGCCUGGUUAUUAUCUAUCUAUCUAUCUAUCUAUCCACAGCCUGGUUAUAUCUAUCUAUCUAUCUAUCUAUCUAUCUAUCUAUCUAUCUAUCUAUCUAUCUAUCACAGCCUGGUUAUUAUCUAUCAUCUAUCUAUCUAUCUAUCUAUCAUCUAUCUAUCACAUGUUAUCUAGAUGUGUCUACCUUUUCUUUUUUCGUUCAUAUUUUAAUUGUCAUUUUUCUUUCACGUUCUUCAUUUUUUCUCCUUUUUUCCUUUUUUUUUUUCAUUCAAGUGGUUUAAAUAUUUUCUUUCUUUUUUUUCAUUUUUGUUUCUUUUCCCACUUCGCCCUUCUGUUCCUUCAUAUCUUCAUCAUCUAUCUAUCUAUCUAUCUAUCUAUCUAUCUAUCUAUCUAUCUAUCUAUCUAUCUAUCUAUCUAUCUAUCUAUCUAUCUAUCCCAGUCUGUUCCUUAUCUAUCUAUCUAUCUAUCUAUCUAUCUAUCUAUCUAUCUAUCUAUCUAUCUAUCUAUCUAA